AUGUCUGCACAAUCUCCUCCGGGCUUCUUUGCUAUGAUCAAGAAAUAUGCCAGAUACACAUUCAAUCGAUAUCGCGCCCUCCACAUCUUCGGCAAGUUAUUCAUCUGGCUCGUCAUACUCAUCUACGUCUGCAUGGGUGCAUUUAUUGUCGUUGUGACACCUGCGCGCAUUGCCCAAUAUCUCUAUGACAAGGCUCGGAUCCUUGCGUCGACACGGCUCGGAUGGUUGGCCAUAAGUGGCGCAAUAGUUGUUAUCUCAUUCCCACCACUCAUCGGACACACAACACUUGUCACGCUGUGUGGUUUUGCAUAUGGCCUGAAGGGAUUCUUCAUCGGGGCCCCAGCAUCUUUGAUCGGCUCUGCUGUCGUAUUUGCUGUCCUCCGUUUUCUGUUCAGCGAGAGAUUACGUGAAUGGUCAAGCAAAAAUGAAAAGUGGCAAGCUUUGGAAUCAGUGGUGACGGCCAAGGGCCUUCCUCUCAUCAUUUUGAUUCGUAUCUCGCCGUUUCCUCCAUGGGUUUACUCCAACUCGUUGUUUGCUUCAAUUGAAGCAGUGAAAUUGUGGCAAUUCGUGGUUGCCACGACGUUCGUAUUCCCGAAGAUUCUUCUGCACACAUUCAUUGGCUCUAAGAUUGCUGAAUUGUCGGAUGGAGAUCAACGCGGUCAUAUGGACACCCGCACUAAAGUCUUGAAUGGCGUUUUCGUCGGCGGUGGAAUCUUGGUCGCUAUUUUUACCAGCUGGUUUGUUGCAAAUCCCUCAGGCGCCUUCAUGGCUAAAUUUGCGCCUCCAGGACUGUUUACAGCCUCGUCCAACGUCAUAUACGCCAUCUGGAAGGUUUCUCUCCUGAAGUUGAUGAGUUAG